UCUCUCCCGCCCUCCCGCCCUAGCUCCGCGCUCGCUCCUUCUCUCCGUCGCCCGCUCGCGCUUCCCGCGGCGCCGGGCCUCCCGCUCCGCCUCUCCGAGCGCGGCUCUCCCGGGCGCGGCUCCGGGGUUCAUGCUGACGAGGCGGCGGCCGCUUCAGCCCAGCGGCGGCGGCGGCGGCGGCGGCGGCGGGAGCUGGGGCGCGGGCCCCGGCCGCCUCUCUCGGAGCGCGGGGCCGGGCGGCGGGCGCGCCCCGGCAGCGGCGGCGAGCGCCCCACCGCGCCGCGCCCCUGCGCGCCCCCUACGCCGCGCCUCCGCGCGCCCCCCGCGCCUAGCUUGCGGGGGGCCGGGCCUGCGGGCGGCCGGCGCGGCGCGCACCCAUGGACGGUCCGGCCAUCAUCACCCAGGUGACCAACCCCAAGGAAGAUGAGGCCCGGUCGCCCGUCGCGGGCGAAAAAGCUUCCCAGCGCAACAUCAGCCUAAAGAAGCAGAGGGGUCGGAGUAUCCUUAGCUCUUUCUUCUGCUGCUUCCGAGACUACAAUGUGGAACCCCCUCCACCCAGCAGCCCCAGUGUGCUUCCGCCACUGGUGGAGGAGAACGGUGGGCUUCAGAAGGGUGACCAGAGGCAGGUCAUUCCCGUACCAAGUCCGCCAGCCAAAUACCUCCUUCCAGAGGUGACGGUGCUCGACCAUGGAAAGAAAUGUGUGGUCAUUGAUCUAGACGAAACCUUGGUGCACAGUUCGUUUAAGCCCAUUAGUAAUGCUGACUUCAUUGUUCCGGUUGAAAUCGACGGAACCAUACACCAGGUGUACGUGCUGAAGCGGCCGCACGUGGACGAGUUCCUCCAGAGGAUGGGGCAGCUCUUUGAGUGUGUGCUCUUCACUGCCAGCUUGGCCAAGUACGCAGACCCUGUAGCUGACCUCCUGGACCGGUGGGGCGUGUUCCGGGCCCGACUCUUCAGAGAAUCCUGUGUUUUCCAUCGAGGGAACUACGUGAAGGACCUGAGUCGCCUGGGACGGGAGCUGAGCAAAGUGAUCAUCGUGGACAAUUCUCCUGCCUCCUACAUCUUCCAUCCUGAGAACGCAGUGCCUGUGCAGUCCUGGUUCGAUGACAUGACAGACACGGAGCUGUUGGACCUCAUCCCGUUCUUCGAGGGCCUAAGCAGGGAAGACGAUGUCUACAGAAUGCUCCACAGACUCUGUAGCAGGUAGCCCUGGCCUUGGCCCGUCUGUGCCUGUGCACUCACUCUGGAACCCCUGGCUCAGGGGACCCGCCCGGCCUCCGCUCCCCGAGUGGAGCCUGGGAAGACUCCACGCUUUGGGCCACAAGGUGAAUGUCUCCAUGCCUACCUGGUUUGUUUGUUUUUUUGUUUUGUUUUUUUUUUUUAAAGAACAGAAACAACUAUUUUAAAGAAAAAAACAAAACUUUUAAUAGAUUUCAUAAGCGGACGUGCAUUUUACCAGAUUCGAUUUUCUUAAAACAUACCAAAAAGAAAAAAAGAAAAAGAAGAAGAAAAAAAAAAAAACCCAAGACUUUGAUAUCCUUUCAACUGACCUCCCCUUCCCAGCAGACAACCUGUCCUCCUCUUCGUCCCGGUUUGGAGCAGCUGACCCAACUCAGAAUCUCUUUCCUACAAGAUGAAGUGCCUUUUUUGAAUGUUAUUUUAAGCUGAAAGUUAAUUUUUGUAUACAGCCUAUUUCCAAACAUCUUUUAGUCUUUUACAGUCUUAGAUACUUACUCUGAGAAGACGAAACAGGACCAUUUUAUAGAACCUGGUAGCUGUGUGGGGGUGGGUGGGGAGGGUGUGGUCAGGGAAAGCAGUGGGUCACAGGAGCCUGCCUCCCAACAUGUCUGACUGUCCACUGUGGCACGCAUGGGCUCUGGCUCCCACUGACAGGAGCUUCCUCCUGACUGUCACUGUCUGCACUCGUUUCUGACCAGUCUGGAAUGUGCCUGCCAAUGGCCUGAUGCUUUAGGAAACAGCCGGUUCCUCUCGUGAUGGUUUCUGAGGUUGUUAAAAUACAUCUUGAGGUUGCCGGGUUUUUUUUUUUUUGUUUUUUUGUUGUUUUUUCUUGCCCUUGGGAAGUGACAUCGUGUCGUCACGUGUGCUUUUCCCCACGACUCCACGCGUCUGUCCCUUGCUGUUCUGUUGUCACUGGUGUGAGGAGAACAGUUAGAAAAAACCCUAAAGCCCUUGGGUCGUGAAGCUCUUCCUUUCUAAAGCUGGGGUACACGUGGGGCUAGCUGCUACUGCACUCCUGCCACCAAAUGGAAAUGACCAGCGGCUGUUACACUGUUCCUUAGCCACUGUGCCUAUGCUUAGAAGACGCUCGCCGCUAAGCUGCAGACUCGGACAGGGUCAGAAACAGGUGUCCCAACCCAUCAAGCAUGGCAUCGUUCUUUGGACCCAGCCAGUGCCAAGAAUGCUGAAGGGCACGACGGUUUAAAAAAAAAAAAAACAAAAAAACAACUGAAGGGCCAAAGCACUGCUCGGAUGUGGCGUUCACUGCAGUCAACAUCAGAGCCUGAGGUAGAACUCUCGGGUCUUGCUUGAGAACCUGUGGCCUCAGCCGGCCUCCUUGCUGGUGUGGCUGGCUCAAGUCUGCCACUCAGCCUCUUUGGAAGCACACCCUCUUCGAGCCAAGGGUUAGAGAAGCCUGCCGGGAUGGGAGACUCAUCCCUCCAAACCAGGGAGACCGGCUUCUCCCUGGAGCCUGGGGCUCUCCUCCCAACUGUUCCCAGUUCGGUGUUUAAUGGUGCCAUGUUUCGUCGCUUAAAGAACCCUUUUUGUGUUGGCACCGACGCCUUAGUCCUCCAUGGGUUGGGCCUCCCUCAGCAGAACUCUGCUGGGAGUCGCUGGCAUUGACAAGAUUUGAAGUCAGGGGUCAAACUUAAAAAAAAUGUUUUUUCUUUCAUUCACAAAACAAUGAAGCCAGCUACUGGGCCUGUCUUCCCUCAGUGCUUGGUCUGGGGAACCACUGUGCAAUCCGAACAGGAAUAUAUGUAGGGGUCAUUCAGAUCGCCUGACUGAGUGUUCUGAACCCUAAGUAAGCCCUGUGCCAAUUAAAAUAGAAACCGCCCCCUUGCUCAACACUCCCACAGGUAACAGCAGUUACACAGCAGAUCCCCACACACCAUAAACCCCCGUGGAAAACCAGUCGUUAACCAAUCCCACUGCCUUAAGUGUCCUGGGUGUUUCAGUGUCUGCUGUGUGUUGAGUUCCACACAGAACGAGGCCUGGACGGAACCUCAGAUCUUUGCCUGAGCCUCUUUGUGUCGGUGUCACGGGGCCUUAUUUAAAAGGGGCGGGGUGGGGGCAGAAUGGACUAAACUUCCAGAAUAUUUCAGGGGAACCGAGCCUAGAAGUAGUGCUCUACUUCAGGCAGGUUCGAGGCUAACCCUUGGCCUUACAGCUCCGGGGCUGUGUGUCCUCAUGCACUCCUGGCAGAGCUUACCGGUAGGGAGCCCUGUUCUUGCCACCACAAACUUGGAAUGUCUUGGGCGGGUGGCAGAGCUUCUGAGGGUUCUGAAAUCUGCACCUUAUUUGACCAAGCUCCAAAAUGCCAAUUUUUUCCUUUUUUUUUAAUUAAAAAAAAAUUCCGCUUUAUGUACAUAAUUGAAAAAAAUCUAUAUUUUUAAUCAGUUACAUGUAAAUGAAGCAAUAGAACUCUAACAAGGCCGAGAAAGGAGACGAAUGUUUUGAGGUUUAUUUUCUUAAGGUAAAUACGGGUAUUGCUUUUAAUUGUCAGUUUAUUAAAAUGUGGGCUUGAAAACAUCAUCAGCCACUUCUCUGUGCCAUAUCCUUCCCACGUUACCAAAACACUCCCAUCUCCUUAGCCAAAAGAAACAUCUCACCUCCCAAGUCCCUCGGUCCUUUCAGCCCCAGGUUAGGACCCCUCUCUUAGAUGAGUACCUUCGAUGUAAAGGUCUGGGACAGCGUGGCUUGGGUGGGUGGACUCCAGCCUACACCAUUUGCUUGACCUCAAGUGGGGGGCUUCCUGGGCACCCCGACCCCUAAUGACGUUAAUGUUCUUGUCUUCCGUUUGUUCUGGAGUCCUCCAUGUUGGUCUGUGGUCUCCUGCACUCGCUGUUCGUAAACGAUACAUUGUAUCUUCAUCUCCCCACCUGUCAGCAGAUGGUGGUGAAUCCUUUGACUGGGGGUGCGAUGCCGUGAGGUGACUUUGGGGGCAUGAGGACUAGGUCGCCAGGGUCACAGCAUUUGAAGCUGGGGUACGAGACCUAUAAGUGUGUAGAGCCUGGCAGCCUUUUACAGCCCUGUGUUUCAGAGAUGGCUUCCUAAUAAAAUCCAGAAACACACAGCCCUAUUAGUCAGACACUCGUGACGUUUGUGCCUCUGCUUCUAACGGUGCUGUGCUGGGCAGCCGGCCCGCCAGGGUUUGAGGAGACGGACGGAUGGCUUACCGCGCUCGUGGUUCCCUGUGCAAAAUUGCUGGCUGCCUCUGUUCCUAUUUUACUGUAAAUCUGACCAUGCCUAUCCCGGGAGUCGCCCUGAGGAUAGGUAGCCCCCAGCAGUGGUGACGUGGGUGCCUGGGGAGUUACAGUUUUCUGCUGGACGUCUGAAUGUGCCAUUCCAGUACCACUUGGGAGUUACUACAUGUUGGGAUGUGCACGAUGCUCGGGGCAAGUAUUGUCAACCAGUGAUUUCCCUCCUGCCAAAAAUAAACUCGUCAAACUGCA